CAUGAAUGAAAAGAUAAGAGUGCAAUGAAAAUGAACUAUUCUGUUUAAGUGUUCCAUCCGCGAUGGCGUUUCGAUCAGGGAUCGCACUAAUUUGUGCAAUUGCUGUAACUAACACUCUGAAAGAAGGCGAUCGAUGUUCGAUAAACCAUUUGACCGGCAUCUGUGCACUACAAUCGGCAUGUUCAGAGCUGAAACAAAUGCAAGAACUGGGAGUUCGUCCGAAAAUCUGCGCCUAUACAACUAACCGAGAGAAGAUCUUCUGCUGUCCUCGGUUCGAUCCCAUCGAGCAACCAACCCGUACUAGUGAACAAUACUGCGAACAGUAUCGGAAACUGGCUUCCACUGAAGUCACCUUCGGGGCUUUCUCGUUGGACCCGAGUACCAAUCGGAGAAUCUGGGUCCCAAAAUGUGACGAAUCUAUCGGUUUGAUCGUUGGCGGGACGCCAGCCAAUCCAAAUGAAUUCCCCCAUAUGGCUGCACUAGGCUGGAUGACCGACGACCUCGGGAAAUACGACUUUCAGUGCGGCGGAUCACUCAUCAGCGAUCGGUACGUACUGACUGCGGCGCAUUGCGUCUUGACGACCGGCGAUAACGGCCCUCCGAAAAUAGUACGUUUAGGUGAUUAUAAUCUGCUAUCCGAUGAGGAUGGAUUUUCGGGAAUGGAUUACGAAGUGGAAAAGUACAUUCCACAUCCGAGCUAUAAACCAUCGCAAAGCAAAUACAAUGAUAUCGCUCUGCUUAAGCUAAACCGAACCGUGCAGUUUGGGCCGACGAUAAGACCCGCGUGCCUGUGGACCUCGGAUGAGUCACUCAACCGAAAGGCAACUGCCAUUGGGUAUGGAGCAACCAGCAUUGGAAGCACCCGUGCCAACGUCCUAAUGAAAGUAAGUCUGGACUUGCUUGACUACGUAGGCUGCAGUACAUCGUACAUCGGUAUAGCCAAGCUUCCCAAAUCGAUAGUCAAAUCGCAAAUUUGUGCUCAGACACCGGGAGGUGGCAAAGACACCUGUCAUGGAGACUCUGGAGGUCCCCUGCAGAUCACCACCGAUGGUCAUAAUUGUCUGUACCGAAUCGUAGGAGUGACAUCGUUUGGAGUUUCGUGCGGCACUACAGUUCCCGGAGUAUACACAAAGGUAGCCGCAUUUGCGGAUUGGAUAGAGCAGACCGUAUGGCCCGCUUAAAUAUAAACAGUACAACAUUUAACUUGUUUUGAUGUUGUGAAAUGGCUGAUUAUGAUUCACUUGUUAUAAGACUAUUCUGAA